AUGGGUUCUAUAGCUUUGACUGUAUUGACAUUGACUCUAGGUGCAUUCUUUAUGUUUGUCGGACAUUUCAAAGUCACAGACAAAUUUUUUCCUGAUGUAUAUGAAGAUAUGAGAAGAGAAUUCGGUCGAGUUAACAAUGUAUUUCCAUUGUAUACACAAACAGGCUGGCGUCCAUUUGCUAAAAACUAUCGUCUAGCAGUUGGACUUGCGGAAUUUAUCGGUGGAGCUGUACUCGUCUUUGUACCUGGCCGACUUAAACAAGUGGCAAAUGUUGUUCUCCUCGUAGUUAUGUUGGGUGCUGUUUAUACACAUUAUGCAUUACACGACAAAUUUGAACGUAUCGCACCUGGCUUGGUCUUUAGUCUGCUGUUAUUAACGCGCUUGAUAAUUCAUCGUCAAGUAACACAACGAGAAAAACGUUUGAGUGCACAGAAAAAAACAGUCAAAGUCGAAACACCCAAGAAAAAAGUACAAGAAGAGGAGAUCGAACAAGAAUCGGACGAUCAAGAGUCACCAAGUGACGACAGUGAAGAUAACCAACAAGCAAAAUCUGAUAAGAAGACUGAUAAAAAAAAUAAAUAA